AUGUUGAGUCCGUGUGUUUAUUUCGCGUUCUUCCUUCUCUGGGACCUUCUGGUGGCGGCGAAAGGUCUUGAACAACAUGCAGAAGAAGUACCCCCAGUUGGUGCAAUAAACCCUUUCUCGCCCUCCCGCAUGCUCGGCAACACGUGGCAGAUCCACGACAGCGAAGUGGGCGGCGCGAGGAAGAACUUGCGCAGUAUGUCCGAAGAGGAGUUGGGCCGCAUGAGCCCCUCGGAGCUGCAAACGUUCGCGGGGCGAACCGAUUGGAUCCAAGAGUGGGCCGCGAAGAACGCCCCGGGGUAUUUACGGCGGGCGCUGGACUUACUCGCGGAGGUGUUCCACUACUGGGGCCCGCAGGGCAAAUACAGUGACCAGAUGGGCGACGAGGAAAAGGCGCGGCAAAACGAGGACAAGCGGGACCCGGGGAUCAUGAUUCUCCAAGCGGAGUUAUUACAAUGAAAAAUCUCCCCUCCCCAUGCUCAAAUGGAGAUUUGUGUAGCAUGGUUUGUGAUCACAAAUCCCACUGUCAUGCUACAACGGAAGAGAUCGAGAUGCAGACUCUAGUGCUGGCUGGCGUGGGUAAGCCUUGCGUCUUCAGCAUGACAGAUAGCAACAGGAAACGGGAAACAGCAUGACAAAUUGCCUGCGACCGAGGCCGCCUCUGCGUCUCUCGGCCUUCUAGCAAUGCAAGGAGAUUUGUGUACUUACGCAAAUCCAGCAUCACAAAUGAUCUCCUGUUCGAUAUAGGGAGGGGAGAUUUUUCCUUACAAUAGGAGUCGCAGGUAUUGGCCGCGCUCGACCUGGACGUUCACAGUCCGGAGAUGUGGCUCCGCGCCGGGGAACUCAUGCUGCUCACGGCCGACGUAGUGCAGGAGCAGCCGGUGAUGCGCGUGGAAGCGGGCCUGUCCAUGCUGAGUCGGGGGUUCGAGCUGUACACCGAGAAGGUGUUCGAGGAGGGGCUCAGCAGCGAGUUUAUCCAAAACUGCAACGAAAAGACGAAGGACGGCACCACCGUGUCGAACCACGCGUUUGCCCCCCAGGUGGGCUCGGCCGAGGAGGAGAUGCUGUUCUCCAUGCAGUUUGGGGGUUUGGACCACCAUAUGGAAUGCAAAAAUGUCUGGGUCUGGGAGAUUUCUGGAUUUGUCAUGCAUAAUAUUUCCCAUGAUUCAUGAUGUCUGUGAUGCAUGCCGUAGCAUCACAGAUUUUUAGAGCGCUUUGUGAUACCUCUACAGCAUGAGAAAUACCCUCUCCGCGUAGCACAAACUGGAGUCCUCUUGCUGGUCAUGCAAUACAAGUUUUCUCAGAAUCCAGAGACAGCAUCACAUGUUUAGAAUGUUCCAGACCCAGACACUUUUACAUUUGAUACGCCACCUGCUGGACAUGGCUGAGGACAUGUAUGGGAACGCGCAGGCGGAGGAGGACGACAUCAAGAAUAAAGGGGGCUUAGAGGUGGAAUUCGUGCCGGACUACUGUGCCGACCGGCCCUGGGACACGGAGCACUUAGCGCAGUCGGCCUGGGUGAAGACGGCAAACAUCCACCCCAGUGUGCAGGAAAGUAGCCAGAAGCCCGUAUCAACUGCAAAAAUGUCUGGGUCUGGAAGAGUGCCAGGCUUGUCAUGCUUGUCUGCCAUGACUCGAGAAUUUGUCAUGCACGUUACCCAAGAGCUCCAUUUUUCUGUGAUGCAAAAACGCAGUUUGUCAUGCAGAAUAGGCAACACCUAGAAGCUCAGAAACUUGUCAUGCUGAGCCAGCAUUUGUGGCCUCAUCAUGAGACGCCACCCAGCAUCAAAAGUUUCCAGACCCAGACACUUUUACAUUUGAUAGCCCGGGGCGAUUUACAACCUGCCUCCGAAUGGGAAGCACAUCAGCUGGUACGCUGCUAGCAAUUUGAAGGACGUGACGGCCGCCUUGGCACAGCAGAUGCGGUACUACUCGGACGCGCAGCGGGUGUUCGACGAGAUGCGCGAGGAGCUGGGCGCGAACGUGACGAAGCGGGAGCUCGCCGUGUAUCUGCUGGAGCAAAACGCGCGGCGCGUGGAGUGCAACUUGCUGCUGUACGGAAAAUCGUUUCUCACCGGCGUCGGCCUGUCCCGCGGGGUCUGGUGGGUGAAAUUUGUGGCCAAACAGGUCAAGGACCGGAUCGAGAUGGGGCGGAAGCAGCACGGCGACGCGGUAGCCGUUAUGCAUUUCAAAAAUGUCUGGGUCUGGGAGAUUGCGAAUUUUGUCAUGCAGGUUUUCCAUGGCGCAUGGAUGUGGUCUCGAAUGUAGGUCCUAGCAUGACAGAUUCUGUGAGAUCUCUAGCAUGCCUCUCCUACAUGAGAAACUGCCUCUGGCCUUGGUCAAAAAUGCUGGACAACUUUUGGUGCAUCUCAUGCAACGCAGAUUUUUGCAAGAUGCAGAGGUAGCAUGACAAGUUGCAUCCCUCCAGACCCAGACAUAUUUGCAUUUGAUAGCCGUGCUGGACAAGCCGGCGUUUUCCUGUGCCUCCUUCCAACUGCAAAAUAUCGAAGGAGAUGAAAACUCUGUUCGUGUAGCGUCGUGGAGUGACAGCAGGGCGAAGUAUUUGCCCUGCAUGACAGAGAAAGCCUGUCAUGCACAGCUAAUUAGUAUGUGAAAGCACGACAUAUGUUGAAAGAUGACCUCAUGGCUGGCCAGCACGACUGGCAAAUGGCAUGCUUUGCAUUUUUACAGACUUGUUACACUUGCGAAGUUUUUCUAUUGCGUACAGAAGGCGGCGCUCGGACUGGUGCGGCUCUCGCCCCCCGACCACCUGGCCUUCCACAACUCCGACUUUGUCACGACGGGAAUCUUGGAAAAGUUUUCAGGACGUACCUUAGUCGACCGCGAACUAGCGAGGCGAGGGACGUCGACAGUCGCGGGGAAGGAGGCAGGGGAGGCAGUUGAUGACGAGAAGACUGCUACUGGUACAAAAACAGCAGCAAGCAGUAAGAAAAAUGCAAAAAAGAAAUCAGGGAAAGUAGAACAAGCACCUAAAACUACAACGACUGCAAAAAUAAAGGAAGUAAAGGCCACCAGCAGCACUGCAACGAGCAGCGAAGUUGUACUAGAGAAAGCGCAAACAAGUAGUGCAAGAACUUCCAAGAAGAAGAAGAUGCAGAUCAUGCAAAUUUUUGCGACAAACGUCGCGGUACAGAACAUUAUGGGGACCAAGGUAUCGGAAGAAGUCAUCGAUAAUUUGCGGGACCUAGCGGUGACCAAGUACCGCAAGGUAGCGAAGAAGGAAAAGAAGCUGAUCAAAGAGAAGACCAAAACCAAGCAAAAAAUCACGGCCGCAGACAUGGACGACCACGUGAAGGGGCGGUUCUACUCGGUUCAGAGCACGCACCCGCGGCAGUACGCGACCAACAAAAAGUGGAUUUCGCUCUACCGCGGCGACCGUGCGCGCGAAAUGACCAGCGUGGUCGCCGCCCUUGAGUCGGUGGCGCUGGGGUUUGCGGGCAACGUUCUGGGCAUCGACCUGGAGCGGUAUUUCAACAAACAGUCCUCCUUGUUUCGCGGCGGCGACUAUCAAGUGCAAAUAUGUCUGGGUCUGGAAGAUUGCGAGAUUUGUCAUGCCAGUCUGGCACGUGGUCUGUGCACUCUGUAUUGCCGCGUGGCCACCAAGAGGUCCUCUUGCCUGUCAUGCAAAAGCGCAGUUGCUCAUGCGAAAGGCGCAUCACAGAAUCACGAAAAACAAAAAACUUGUCAUGCUUGGCGGCGCAUUACAGAGCACUUAUUGUUCACGGACUUGCAUCACAAGUUUCCAGGAGACCCAGACAUAUUUGCAAUGCAUAGCGACGACGCUAGUUUCGGGGAUUCUUUCCGGAACGAAUUUUUCGGAAACAAAACGGGGGAAGCUGCUGCAGACGGCGAGGAGGAGGACGUCGAACAUAUCCUGAGUAAAAACGUACCCACACCAGAGUUAGGAUGGGGAUUUUGCAACACAAACCUAGGAGUUUUGUGAGUCACGCAUGACAAGUUGCGCUCUGCAGGGUAGUGCAGGUUAGCAAGUGCAGCCGCGUCACAGAUUCAUCUGCUCAUCCUGUUCACAGCAUCACACAUUCCAAAACACGACUGGGCAUGGCUCUCAUGGGGAUGCGCAUUACAAGUCUUCCUGUCUUUGCAAAUCUGCAUUACAACUCUGGUGUGGGUACGUUUUUACUCAGGAUAGAACAGAUUGAAAUUGAAGACGACGAGGACGUAUGCGUUGCAAAUAUGUCUGGGUCGGGAAGGAUGCAACUUGCGAUGCUACCUUUGGACUCUACAUGAAAUCUGUAUUGCAUGAACAGAAAAAGAGGUGCAAUUUGUGCUACACGGAGAGGGCAUUUCUCAGGCGGUAUGAGCAUUAGAAAGCCCUCACAGCAUCUCUGAUGGUAGGGCAUGCAUCACAGACCUCAUGGGUCAUGCAAAAUCUGCAUGACAUACUCCUGCAUUCUUCCAGACCCAGACAUAUUUGCAUUUGAUAGGACGACGAGCCUCUGAUGCCGCUCGCCUUCGAAGACCGGGGCGCAACGGGGGACGGCGAUAGUGAGAACGAUGAAGAUCGUAUCGUGAGAAAAAAGUGUUACAGUUACACACUCUGAAGAUGGGAGACAAGCAGGACAGACAACAUCUGUCAUGCAGAUUAUGCUUGCCAGCCUCAUUUCAUUCCUGUUUUCCCUUACAGUCUUUGCAUCACAGGUUUUCUUAGCCAUGUCGAGCAACUUUGUGAUGCAGAAACUCCAACGAGUGUGUAACUAUAACACUUUUUUCCUGUGAUAGAUCGGGAUGCGCACGACGACGAGUGGCAAGCCGCGAACGGAGGGGGUAGUACUUUGAACUCCAAGAAAGUGGAUGCGAAGAGGAAAACGAGUUCCUCCUCCGUCGCGCUGAAGAAGAAAAGGAAAUUCGCCAACCCGGGUCAGGCCUUUCUGCAGUACCAGUCGGAAAGCCGGUUCGACCAGGAGAGGCGGCAGGCCUACAUCCCGUACGCGUUGCUGCAGGUCUACAGCAAAGCCGGGGGGCACCACGAGGCGCACACCCACACGGACAGCAUCGUCAGCUGCGUGUUUUACCUGACGACCGACCCGGCGCGUUAUGCAUUGCAAAAAUGGCUGGGUCUGGAAACUUGUGAUGCUAAAAUGUGCAUGAUGGAAAGGCUUCCAAAUGCAGCCCAGUAUGACAACUUUCCGGAGCGCUUUCUCAUAGGCAGUCCGCAUGAGAGACUCAAUGAAAUGAAAUGAAAUGACAAAAAGGGCUGCGGCUUUUGUCGGUUAUGCAAUACACGUUUCCCAGGAAUGUAAAGCUAGCAUUACAAGUUCCAAAUCCAAUUUUCUAGACCCAGACACUUUUGCAGUUGAUACGCGUACGCCGCUGUCGAUUCUGGACCCGCGGGGCAAAUCGGUGUGGGCCCAGUACGAUGCUAUGGGGGACCAGCCGGCGAAGCCCUUUAUCCACGGAUGGCAGCCGAGCGCACCCUUUCACCAGCCCUACUUCUACUUCCCGAAGAAGGGCGACGUGGUCUGCUUUCCCAGCUGGCUCGUGCACAUGGUGCCGCCGCACGAGGAGAGCGACGUGGAGCGGGUGGGCAUCGCGUUUCUGCUCACCAUGACCUCCCGCCUCGACAACUGGUUCUACAAUGCCAUGGGCACCAGCCCAGCGAAAAUCUGAGGCGAAGUACAGAAAAUUUUCGUGUCAAUCAGUAGAACGAACUACAUUUUUGCUGCUAGGUAUAAUACGUCACAGAAGAACUGCUCUCCCAUCGACUCGUCGGGGCACAGCAAAAGUCUGUGGAUCCAAAGUAGCUCAGGAUAAUUUCUGCGACGUUUACAGGGACCACUAUGAUUUAAUUCCAAGAAAGAACAGUUUACUACUCAACGUUUGCGUUUAAACAGAGAUGAAAUUAUAGCAGAUCGUCUCGAAGGUGGAAGCGCUUGUGCCAACGUCCUUCUUUCGUCCGAAGUGGGAUAAUUGGGAAAAUUCCUUCAGAAGAUGCAGCUGUGUUGUAACUAGAUCAAUAUCGUCGUGGGCCAAAAGAAAAGUUGUC